AUGUAUGUGGUCGGCAGUGCCUUUCUUUUAAUUCUUCUUGUGCAGUUUUCCGCCCAGGAUUAUCCAUUUAGAAAUGUUUCCCUGUCCUGGGAUGUUCGGGUAGAUGAUUUGGUGGGAAGAUUGACCCUCGACGAGAUGACUUUACAGAUGGCCAAGGGUGGUGCAGGUCAAAACGGCCCAGCUCCUGCUAUAUCACGACUGGGAAUCGGGCCGUAUCAAUGGAACACUGAAUGUCUGCAUGGUUCUGUUGGACAUAAUGCUACAUCUUAUCCACAAUCUAUUGGACUUGCUGCAACGUGGAGUUAUGACACUAUCCAUACAACGGCGAAGGCUAUAGCAGAAGACGUUAGGGCCAUCCACAAUGAAGCAGUAAAGGCUGGAAAUUAUUCCCAAUGGACAGGUCUUGGUUGUUUUUCACCCGUGAUAAAUAUGAUGCGUGAUCCCAGAUGGGGUAGAAAUCAGGAAACGUAUGGUGAAGAUCCAUUUCUCAGUGGUAUGUUAGCAAAAGCCUAUGUCAAAGGUUUACAGGGUGAUCAUCCACGAUAUAUCAGAGCAAAUGCGGGAUGUAAGCAUUUUAACGUUCAUGGAGGACCUGAAAAUAUACCAUCAUCUCGAUGGAGUUUUGACUCGAAGGUCUCCAUGAGGGAUUGGAGAACGACGUUUCUGCCAGCUUUUAGACACUGUGUUGAAGCAGGAACUUACAGUCUUAUGUGCAGCUAUAACAGUAUCAAUGGUGUACCAGCUUGUGCCAACAAAGAGUUACUAACAGAUAUAUUACGUACAGAAUGGGGAUUUAAAGGUUAUGUGGUCAGUGAUGAGGCGGCAGUUGAAGGAAUAACAUACGGUCAUCAUUACACUAACAAUAGUAUUGAGUGUGCUGCUGCUGCAAUUACCGCGGGUUGUAAUCUAGAGUUAGCUGAAAACAAUUAUAUCCCUUAUUACUUUGCAGCCGAUGCCGUACAUCAAGGGUUCAUAACGGAAGAUUUGGUUCGAGAUAGAGUUAAGCCUCUUUUUUAUACCAGAAUGAGGUUAGGCGAAUUUGAUCCACCGGAGUUAAAUCCGUAUACCUCCAUCAAUACGUCCGUUAUACACGACCAAGCCCACACCGCCUUAGCCAUCGAGGUUGCUAUGAAGUCAUUUGUUCUAUUAAAGAAUAGUGGUGUCUUACCUUUAAAGAAGUCUGUUUAUAACAGCAUAGCUAUUGUUGGUCCUACGGCGGAUGCUGAAUAC